AUGAGCAGCACUGCCAUGCCGAAUCAAUUGGGCAUCCAGGACUCUAAAGGGAUGGAGGCUGAUCAACGCAUGGAGGAGACAUUACUGACAAGAGCAGUUGUGUUGGUGUCUCAUGCCGAAGUGAAGCACUACCUCAGGAGUCAAGCACAAACCACUGCAGAGGAAUCAACAACCUCUGAGAGUCCGCAGGACACGGCACCUGCCAAAGGCCAUCAUGUGGGAGAGCAGAGGGAUGGUCUUGAUGAACACGGCUCCUCUAGUGGUGCUCUAGAAGAGAGGGUCUCUCAAGAUCAAGAUGUGAAGGAAACCGACACUGCCUCCGUUUCUGCCCAACUAAGCAUUGCUGAAAAAAGGAGGUUUUCCAAGCCCAAACCCAGUCUGAGCCAGGCAGCACAGUCCAUCCGCAGACCUCUGAAUGAAAAUACCCCGUCUUUCAAACGUGACUCAACGCAGCUGCAAUGUCGCAGUCCUGUGGAAGUCCAAGUGAAGAUUGCUCCAAAUGAAUGCCUUGUUGAAGAGCACAGGGACCGUCCUGAGGAAGAGCUUACAUGUAGUGUUACUCCAGAAGUGAGCGGCCCUCAGGAUGUUAAGGAUGAUGAAGCAGAAACCACAGUAGAUGAUCUUCCUUCCUUAACAUCAAUUGGAAGUCCUCCAAUAGUGAGUAAGACAGAGGACCAGGAGAUCGUACCCUUCCUUGAGAAGCCUCUGGUUCCUGACACCACACCGUCAGACAAAGAUGUGCCUGAAAGAAGAGGAGAAUUUGAAAGGUCUCCAUCUCGGACGUCUGAGAAUGAAGAUCGAAUUACUGAUCAGGAGGAACAGGAUUCAGAAGCUGUUGAGUCUGAAGUCACAGACACCAUGAUUGAGGAACCUCAGACAGAGCUGAAGAGGAUUAUUCCAGUCAGCUGUUCUGCUGGUGGUUCCUCAGUUUAUGCUCAGGGCAGUAUUGCCCCAGAGAGGCGCGGUCAGUUUGAUAAGCAAACACCCACCAACCUGGAAGGGGCAUCUCUGGUCAUGAUAAACCCUCAACAGACCUCAGAGCCUAAUGAAGAUCCUGCAGAGACGCCUGAACAUAAGAGUCCUGUUAAAGCCAAGCAUAGUGAUUUGGAUCAUGACAAAGAGAAGAUCUCCAGAGAAGAGAAGCUUCUGUCAUCUGAAGGAAAUUUACAGGAACAUAAACAGGAUGAGGAUCUCCUGUCCCCUGUCCCAUUACUUAGCUUAAAACAAACUUCAGCCCCAAAAGUUCUUGUGGACGGUUUCCUUCACAUUAGAGCCUUCCAGUGCAUCUCUGAACAUGGCGUCUGAAGAGACCAGUAAUCUAUGUAAAAGUAGUUCUCGCAAGGUGGUGGAUGACUCCCUGGAUCCUCUUUC